AGCAGCUCAGGGACUGACAGAUCAGGCUAGGUAGGGAUACAGACUUCAGGCACAUGCAUACUUCUUGCAUGUGUACACAGAUGCAAGCACAUGCUGCUUUCACGCACUGAAGUUAGUGUAAGAAGUAAUAAGUGAAGACAGCAACAGUCCUGCUGAUAAAGAACCUUCUCCUUUAAAAGAAGACACUAGAGGUAUAACUCUUCAAUUACUGUUUAUAAUAAUCCAUCAGGAAAAGCAUCACAAUCAUGAAUGGGCCAGUGGAUGGUUUAUGUGAUUACACACUGGAUGAUGAAGGGACUUUCAUGUUCACAUCAGAGUCGGUAGGAGAAGGACACCCAGGUGCCAAACCAUUUAGGAUUAAUUCCUUCCCCUAUAUGGUGUGACUUCAGGUGGAAUUGCCUACAAACAGAAUGUCAUUCAGUUUUCCAAUAAAAUCUGUGAUCAAAUCAGUGAUGCUGUACUAGAUGCCCAUCUCAAACAAGACCCAAAUGCCAAGGUUGCUUGUGAGACAGUAUGUAAGACAGGAAUGGUGUUGCUCUGUGGAGAGAUCACAUCUCAUGCUAUUGUGGAUUACCAACGAGUUGUCCGAGACGCAAUUAGACAUAUUGGCUAUGAUGAUUCAGCUAAAGGUUUUGAUUACAAGACUUGUAAUGUUUUAGUGGCACUGGAACAGCAGUCACCUGAUAUUGCCCAAGGUGUUCAUCUACACAGGGAUGAAGAAGAUGUUGGUGCUGGAGAUCAGGGUUUGAUGUUUGGUUAUGCAACAGAUGAAACAGAAGAAUGUAUGCCUCUAACAAUUAUUCUUGCACACAAGCUGAAUGCCAGGUUAGCAGAGUUGAGGCGUAAUGGAGAACUUCCUUGGCUAAGGCCUGACUCUAAAACACAGGUCACAGUUCAGUAUAUCCAGGAGAAUGGAGCAGUCAUCCCAGUGCGUGUUCACACCAUUGUGAUAUCUGUGCAGCAUGAUGAAACCAUUUCGCUAGAGAAUAUGCGCAGAACCCUGAAGGAUCGUGUGAUCCGAGCUGUUGUCCCUGCAAAAUACUUGGAUGAGAAAACUAUUUAUCACCUUCAACCUAGUGGACGUUUUGUUAUUGGAGGACCUCAGGGUGAUGCUGGUGUUACUGGUCGAAAGAUCAUUGUGGAUACUUAUGGUGGCUGGGGAGCCCAUGGAGGUGGUGCCUUUUCUGGCAAAGAUUAUACAAAGGUGGAUCGAUCAGCUGCCUACGCAGCCCGUUGGGUGGCCAAGUCUCUUGUGACAGCCGGGCUCUGUCGCCGUGUUCUGGUCCAGGUUUCUUAUGCCAUUGGGGUCGCGCAUCCAUUGUCCAUUUCACUGUUCACUUAUGGAACUUCCAAAAAAACAGAGAAAGAGCUGCUGGACAUUGUGCACAAAAACUUUGAUCUUCGGCCUGGAGUCAUUGUCAGGGAUUUGGACCUAAAAAAGCCCAUUUACCAGAAGACUGCCUGUUAUGGUCACUUUGGAAGAAAUGAAUUCUCAUGGGAGGUGCCUAAAAAACUUGUGUUUUGAUAUUAGCAGUCAUCCUUUGAAAACAAAAAGGAAGAGGAGUCCACUAAUUAUGAGGGUGCUCCCAAAAAUCAAAUCUGACGGCUUUGUAUUCAGCAAAAGGAAUUUUAGAUUUUAAAUUGAAAGAAAGAAAAGGAUAUUUUCUUGGAAAUUGAUUAUUUUUAGCCCUCAGUGUCUUUCAUCAUCUAAGAUAUAAAGACAGUCUGGGGUUUUUUUUUAAUGAGCGUAAGACAACAAAAUACAGUUUACUUUUUUAUUGCUGCUCUGUUGGUUCUUUUGAUAAAAGCAAAGUAUGACUCAGGUACACAAACCAACGGCUGACCCUCAAACCUGUCAUGGGCAAAGUCAAGAUGACUUUCCCAACUCUGACUAAGGAUCAGCAGAUCUCUUGCUUCUAAUUAGACAAUGGGAAAUUCUGGGGUCCAAUUUCCUUUCUGGAGUUUGCAUUGCAUACAGCUGGGGGUUGCUUUGAUGGGAGAAGGCUGAAUAUCACGUAACUGUAUCUCAGCCUCUUUUGUAGAUGUUAACAUAUACAUAAUAUUUAAACCACCUUCAUUGCAUAUGUGCUGUUACCGUUGUGUUUCAAUUACCUGUGUUUUUGAAACAUAAGUGUUCUCCUUUAAAAUAUCAAUCGGUGAAUAAAAGGCUUUUUCCUACCAUGUAUGUAAA